AUGCCUGCUCAGACGAUCAUCAAAACCAUCGCCUCCCCGUUCUACGAUGGCCCCGACGGGGAACCGGACUGGACGCCUUCCUUCCUGGCGGGCGAGCAUCCGUGGCAGCAGCGCCUGGCUGCCCUCGCCGGCAUGUUCUACCGGUACAACACGGACCAGAUGCAGAACGAUGUCAUGUGUUUGGCAAGGUCCAUGCUCAAGCAUGCGGAGGUGAAGCCUAGACAUCGGGUCAUCUUCCGCAUCGCCCAACCUCCUGCAAGGGAUAGCCAGCGUGGCAUGCCGAACAGCGACAAGGAGUCUCUUUUUCUGGACGCAGACCGUUCUCAAGGACCUCUUUGCAUCCUGGUCACCACAGCCCGCCACUACCAGCAUCAUCUUGGGGAGUCUGUCCGCCGCACUCGCGCGAUGCAGGCCCUCAGCGACGCCGCUCAAGCUUUGAACCUACUGCACGAAGCCGAUGGGACGUUCCUUGGUCUCGCCUGUGUCAACAACAAGUUCUCGCGCUUGUUCUGCCUCAAGAGCUCCAACACUUUCGAGUUCUGGCGCGCGUGCGACACCGCCGGCCCCCUGUUCCUGCUUGAGGUUCCCGAGGGUUCACCCAUGGCCGGCAAGGUGGCGACCCUCGAUGCCUACUGCAAGCUCGACGUGCACGCCAACCUCGCCCAUACCCUCGUAGCCAAGAACCUCGGCCCUCCCCGUCGUCCGCGGGAUCUCGCUGUCAACAGGACCAUGGCCACUGCUGUGACUGCGAACGAGGACCUCACGAGUCUACCCAAGCUGUCGCCAGGGUUCAGGAGCCGCCUGCAGCAGUCACAGCAUGCUCAACCUGCCGACGUCGGCACUCUCCAGCCUCUGGAAUGGGGCCGAUCAAGGCGGGAGCGUCUCGGUAGCCACCACUUCGCCCGCGCCGCGCUGGUAUCAACGCCUGCCUUCCUUCACCAAAGGGCAGUGGAGCAUGGCGUGCGUCGAGGCGGCCGUUCGAACUGGGAUAACUCUUCUAAUGAGGUCGAGCUGGAGAAUGUGCGUGGUGAGAUGUUGCGCCAGACUCCGACUUUCGUGCUCGUGGAUCCCAGCACGAUGGACUCACUGGUGGAGUCAGCAGUGCAGGAAGUCCUGGCCGCUGCUCAAGUCCAGACCUCCACUCAGUCUUAA